ACUUCUGUCUCUCUCUCAGAACAUUAAGAAGAAAGACUCGGGCGGCGCAGCGGCAAAGUCUCGUCCGAUGGGCGGCUCUUUGCUUCCUCCUCCACCUGGAGUCAAAUCCUCCGCUCUGGUUCCUCCGCCCGCAGCGCAGCAGACGACACCCGACGCUCCGCCCAGCCCAGGGAUGAUACUGGAGUUUGGAGACCCCGCCCCCGCCAUGACUCCGCCCUCUCAGGACCUGUGGGGUGAUUUCACGGCUGCAGGCUCCGGGUCCGCUCAGGACUCGCGGUCGGGAUGGGUGCAGUUCUAGCGAACCAACGACACACGGACGCUGUUUUCUAUGCAAUCACACGCAGCUGCACGGCUGAUAUCUGCUGCAUUCCAGCUGGUGUUGACUUUCAAACAUGUUUCUCAUUAGUUAUUCGCACACGUGCGAUAAAUGUCGUCAGUAUCGUCUCUCGUUUAACUUUAAAGCUGAAUGUGUCAUGAUAAUGACUGUUUUCGAACAGGUUUCCUGAACACUCGCCCCAUUCCGCCCCAAACUCACAGCAUUGGUCGAGGCAGGAGUUAACAGAAUCAAACAAUAGAGAGUUAGUGUUUACAGGAAGUUCAUGAAGUGACUUCCUCAUAGUGACUCGCCAUCAGGCUGCAUUUCAACACUCAAACGAAUGACACACUUCAGCUUUAAGGCAUCAGCUUGAAUGUCGGUAAGGUUUUUUUUAGUUUCUUCUAACGUCUUGAGUUCCGCCUGUGUUUUAUCUGUGCGUCAUGUGACCUGUCUGACUCAAACUGCUAUUUCCACUCGGAUCAGGAUUUGAAGAGCUGGUUUUAUACGUGUUUAUAAGCAGAUGAUUUUUCACACUAUAUAUUUUGGACUAACCCCAGACUUUAUUCGCUUUAUUUUUCCAGGUGAUUACAGAUUUAUUCUUGAUAUUGUCAGUAAUUAAAGUCUUAAUCUUUCCUUCAAGUGCCUUUAUGAAACACCUGUAGAAUGUACAAAUGAUGGUUUAUAUAUAUGAAUAAACCAUUUCCUUUAAUAAAGUGUCAGCUUUACAG